AUGCGGAAGCAGCGGGUGCAGGUGGAUGGGAAGGCUGGCCCAGGACAUGGUGGUGGCUCCCCGACCGAGCAGGUGAAGGCCUUCAUGGACCUGCUGGCAGGGAAGGGGACCCCGGCCCUGCAAACCUGGGACAGGCCAACGGACCCCCCACUGGAGUCCCUCAGCAGUGACGCAAGGCUCCGGCAGCACCAGGAAGCCCUGCUGAGCCGGCGGGGGGCCGAGGCGGGGCUGGGCGAGCCCCCGACCAGGCUGACCAGCCUCCUGCUGGUGGAUGGCCUGACUGACCUGCAGCUGCGGGAGCAUGACUUCACCCAGGUGGAGGCCACGCGUGGGGCCGGGCGCACCGCCAGGACCAUUACCCUGGACGGGCUCUUCCUGUCCCUGUCCCGGGUCUCCGUCCCGCCCCGCGUCUCCAUCACAGUCGGGGUGGCUGGCGUGGGCAAGAGCACCCUGGUGAGGCACUUCGUCCACCUCUGGGCCCGAGGGCAGCUCGCUAAGGACUUCUCGCUGGUGCUGCCGCUGACCUUCCGGGAGCUGAACAUUCAUGAGAAGCUGUCAGCCUACAGGCUGGUCUGCUCGGCCUUCCCGCACCUCGGAGACCCCGGCCUGGCAGUGGCGGCCCCGGCCAGGACCCUUCUGAUUCUGGACGGCCUGGAUGAGAGCAAGACACCCCUGGAUUUCUCCAACUCUGCAGCCUGCACGGACCCCAGGAAAGAGGUCCCGGUGGACAGCCUCAUCACCAAUAUCAUCCGGGGCAACCUCUUUCCAGAAGUCUCUGUCUGGGUCACCUCCCGCCCCAACUCGGCUGGUCAGAUCCCGGGCGGCCUGGUGGACCGGAUGACAGAAAUCCGGGGCUUCAACCAGGAAGAGAUCAAGGCGUGUUUGGGGCAGAUGUUCCCGGAGGACCAGGGCCUCGCAGGCUGGGUCCUGGCCCAGGUGCAGGCCCAAAGGGCUCUGUACCUCAUGUGCACUGUGCCCGCCUUCUGCCGGCUCACGGGGUCAGCUCUGGGCCACCUGUACCGCCAUAGGCGGGGAGCCCCGGACACCAAGCUGUCGCCCCCUAGGACCCUGAGUGAGCUUUACGCCUGGUACUUCAGGAUGGGACUCGGUGGGGAGGGGCAGGACAAGGGCAAGGUGAGCCCACGCAUCGAGCAGGUGGCCCAGGGGGACCGCAGGAUGGUGGGGACCCUGGGCCGGCUGGCUUUUCACGGGCUGGUCAGGAAGAAGUAUGUGUUCUAUGAGCAGGACCUGAAGGCCUUCGGGGUGGACCUGGGCCUGCUGCAGGGCGCCCUGGGUGGGGGCUUCCUGCGGCAGGAGGAAACACCAGGCUCCUUGGCCACCUACUGCUUCUGCCACCUGUCCCUGCAGGAAUUUGUGGCGGCCGCCUAUUACUACGGAGCGUCCAAGAGGGCCAUCUUCGACCUCUUCACGGAGAGCGGCUUGUCUUGGCCGCGGCUGGGUUUCCUGACGCAUUUCCGGAAUGCGGCUCAGCGGGCCGUGCAGGCUGAGGACGGCAGACUGGACGUGUUCCUGCGCUUCCUCUCGGGCCUCCUGUCCCCCAGGGUCAACGCCCUGCUGGCCGGCCCCCUGCUGGUGGCCGGGGAGCACCAGGGCUACCGGGUGCAGGUGGCCAGCCUCCUGCAGGGCUGCCUGGCCCCCGAGGCGGCCGUCAGCGCCCGGGCCAUCAACAUCCUGCGCUGCCUGCACGAGCUGCAGCACACGGAGCUGGCCCGCGGCGUGGAGGAGGCCGUGGAGCGGGGGGACCUGGCCGGCUUGACCAGCCCCGCGCACCGCGCCGCCCUGGCCUACCUGCUGCAGGUGUCGGACACCUGCGCCCAAGAGGCCAACCUGUCCCUGUGCCUCAGCCAGGCUGUGCUCCAGAGCCUGCUGCCCCAGCUGCUAUACUGCCAGAGCCUCAGGAUGGAUGGUAACCAGUUCCAGGACCCUGUGAUGGAGCUGCUGGGCAGUGUGCUAAGCGGGAAGGACUGCCGCAUUCAGAAGAUCAGCUUGGCUGAGAACCAGAUUAGCAACAAAGGAGCCAAAGCUCUGGCCAGAUCCCUUCUGGUCAACCGAAGUCUGACUGCUCUGGACCUCCGUGGUAACUCCAUCGGGCCUCAAGGGGCCAAGGCUCUGGCAGAUGCUCUGAAGAUUAAUCGGACCAUGACUUCUCUGAGCCUCCAGAGUAAUGCCAUCAAGGAUGAUGGGGCCAGAGCCAUGGCCGAGGCGCUGACCGUGAACCGGAACCUCUGCGUGCUACACUUGCAGAAGAACACCAUUGGACACAUGGGAGCCCAGAGGUUGGCAGAUGCCCUGAAGCAGAACCAGAGUCUGAAGGAACUCAUGCUCUCCAGUAACACCAUUGGAGAUGGAGGCGCCAAGGCCCUCGCCGAGGCCCUGAAGGUGAAUCAGGGCCUGGAGAGCCUGGACCUCCAGAGCAGCUCCAUCAGCGACACGGGGGUGGCAGCGUUGAUGGGGGCCCUCUGCACCAACCAGACCCUCCUCAGCCUCAACCUCCGAGAGAACUCCAUCAGUCCAGACGGAGCCCCGGCGCUCGCCCACGCCCUCUGCACCAAUUGCACCCUGAGGAACCUGGACCUGGCAGCCAACCUCCUCCAUGACCAGGGUGCCCAGGCCAUCGCCGGCGCUGUGAGAGAGAACUGCACCCUCACAUCCCUUCACCUGCAAUGGAACUUCCUCCAGGCCGGCGCCGCCCAGGCUCUGGGACAAGCACUGCAGCUCAACAGGAGCCUGGCCAGCUUGGAUUUACAGGAGAACGCCAUCGGGGACGAAGGAGCUUCUGCAGUGGCCAGUGCACUGAAGGUGAACACGGCCCUCACUGCCCUCUACCUCCAGGUGACCUCCAUUGGUGCCCUGGGGGCCCAGGCGCUGGGGGAGGCCCUGGCUGUGAAUAGAACCUUAGAGAUUCUCGAUUUACGAGGAAACGCCAUUGGCGUGGCUGGAGCCAAAGCGCUGGCCAAGGCUCUGAAGGUGAACACCAGUCUCCGGAGCCUCAAUCUGCAGGAGAAUUCUCUGGGGAUGGAUGGGGCGAUCUGCGUGGCCACCGGGCUCUCCGGGAACCACCGGCUCCAGCAUAUCAAUCUCCAGGGAAAUCACAUUGGGGAAUCCGGGGCCAGGAUGAUCUCAGACGUUAUCAGGACGAAGGCUCCCACGUGUGCCGUGGAAAUGUAAGCGGCAGCAGCGCCCGUUGGGCGGGCAGAGACUCGGCCA